CUGCAAUGUGAGGUCACCAGACGUUGAUUGUGAAUCCGAAAACAACUUAAUUCAUAUCUCACGGAUCGAAAAUAAUCAACGUUAUGAUACGAGUGUCUCGAAGAGCGUGUGCCAUUGGCUGAACUGUGAACCGGCAAUCUGCGAUAAGGAAGUAUGUCCCGCAUUUCUUAUCAGUGCGAAAUCGUGUGACGCAUGAGGUCCUGUGACAGAGCAGUGCCAACUACUACCUUCUCUGUAGCGACCAAAAAACGCCCGUCAUUAUUAUUGGCGUGUUGUUGAGUCUCUCGGAUAGUUCUAGCAGGGUUCUUGUAAGACAUAUCAGCACACCGCAUUGUGGCUCUCUCUGCUGUGACCGCAGAGUGACGGAGCAGGAUACUGACUCACCGAAGACACAGGUCAUGGUCUGAACUUGCUAGACGUAGGCGGUUUAAUGGUCUGCAAUGGCUGUAGCUAAAGGGUACACGCGACUGGACAUACUGAAGUUUGUGUUUGUGUCGUGUUUACUUAUAUGCAUCAUCGUAUUUUACGGCUAUAGAAGUUUGUGGCUGGGAUCAGAUAAAAAUAUCCGAUCUAUUAAGCUGUACAGGCCGCCAGACAAUUCCUCGGCAUUGCGUCUGGCUUCUUCAAACGUGCGAUAUGUGUUGGAAAAGUUAAAAGCAGAUUCUCGAUCGAGAAACUUGAACCGUACACUAUUGACAGACGACAUUGAAUCUAAAUUAAAUCACUCAAUUCGUCUAAUAAAUUCCGUCCAAUUGUCUGAGCAUCUUCAAGUUCCUGACAUUCCAAAUACAGACAAUACGAGCCCUUACUUUGAUACACCAACAGAAUUCAUUUCAGAGUUGGAAAAAUUGAUCAACCUCAGACAAAAUGAGACCGCGGGGUUGUCUCUAGCGGAAGAACGUAAAUAUAACAAAGACGAUCAGUAUAAAUAUUAUGCGCACUGCCCAUCAACCCUGAGGAAAAAAAUCCUCGAGAUUCCAGAACUUCGAAAAAAGUUCAUUCCAGACAUCCCGAUUUUAUUAACAAGCGAUCAUUUUAAUAAGGAGGAAUAUGAUCGACUCUCACAUUUCAAGACUCCACAGGGAUGGUCAAACGUAGACUAUAAAGAGGUUGCUGACGUAGCUUCAAACUUGAACACUGACGGGAGUCGCUAUAUGUUCGACAAUUUAGUGAGCAAAUGGAAAAACACAGCCAGGUGUGUUAGAUGUGCUGUUGUUGGAAAUGGUGGUGUUCUGAAAAACUCUAAACUAGGGGAGGAGAUCAAUUCACACGAUUACGUAUUCAGGGUGAAUGUAGCUGUUACCAAAGGCUUUGAAUCUGAUGUAGGGGAUAAGACAAGUCACUACGUGUUCACCAUGGUAACCUUGGAUAACUCUAUCAGGGGUGGUAACAAAUAUGGGUAUAAAAGCGCCCCCAACGGAAAGGAUAUUCGUUACGUCUUAGUUCCAUGUGAACAAUGGAGCUAUCAGGUCAUAGGCGCCGCCCUGUCUGGUAAGCCAUUGCCUCGUAGUCAGGACGGUUAUAGCAGAUCUCCACCAACUUUUCCUGUCAAGCUAAAUAACAACAAUGUCAAGGUCCUGCAUCCAGACUUUUCAAGAUAUUUAUUUUGGAGCUGGGUUGACUCGCCAGGUCGUAAAAGGGAUAUUUAUCGCCCGCAAACAGGGGCAUUUAUGCUACUCGUAGCAUUGCAUACUUGUGAUGAAGUUGAUGUCUAUGGAGUUGGAGCAAGUUAUUCAAACUAUACGGAUCAUUAUUACGACAAUGGCCGCCAUGUUGAAUAUGCAAAUCACGACUACACCACCGAAAAUAAAUUAUGGGCACGUUUGAAUGAACUGGGGAUCAUUAAUCUUCAUACGUGACUUUAAAGUACCGAGAUUUUUCCAUUUCUAGUUUCCGGGUAAGCAGAUCACAUGCAUAAACCGAAAAGGGCAUAGAUGAAUGUGUGAAUCCGUGAACAUAGCUCUUUUGCUGUUAUCCUGAGUCACAAAACACCGAGACGAGUUAGAUGAGAUUUAGUUUGUUUUUACAUCUGAUUAGGUUUUGCAUAAUAAGUGACCAUACCUAUGAAUCGGAUAACCAAUUAGGAUUCCGAUAAUGUUUUUGGUGCUAAUAUGUUAAACUCAGUAUAUGCCGAGUAGUACCCGAAGUAAUCCGUUGCAGCCCGAGUGACACUCUACGUAAACCGCAUAUUGUUCGGUAAUUAGUUCGGCAACUUUGGUUUAUAGUUAUCUUCACCCUUUUCCGUCAUCUUACACAUCUAAUCAAAAUUAACAGAAGAUCAUUAAAAUGAUAUUCAGUUUUUACUCUGAAACUAUGACGUAUUUAAUUUUACAAAUAAAAGAGAAUUUCAUAUA